UUGUCUUCUUCUUUUACAAGGAAUGGUAACGAAGACGUGAAGAUAUGAAAUAACUCUGCGUUUGAACUAAAAUCAGGGUCAGAUAGAAAACAAAGUUGACUUAUCGUCAGGAAUCAGGAAGAAUUCUGCUCAAGGCUGAAGUGAAGUUCAGUGAACACUUACAAAGGUACAACAUUUCCUUACCAAAUUUACUUGUCUGUGACUGGGGUUUGUAGAACCACAUAGAUGGAGAAGCACAGGCAGGCGACAUACACUGGAAAAACCGACGAGGGGUGAAACGACGACAACACACAAACACGACAAACAAACAAAUCAGGAUACGCCUACGGAACGGCACCCAGAAUGGGCAAAGAGGACGGCAGAGCUAACGGAGGGGACAGUGGGAUGGGACGGAGCUCGGGUGAAGAGAGCAGCUCCAUGAGGUCGACCAGCGGGACAGACACCAUGACUCCUGAGAGCCGGGAGCUUCCCGCCAUCAAGAAAGGCUGGGAGAAGAGCACCACCAGCGACGAAGAAGGGAGCCGAGGACCAGGGGGAAAGUCCACCAAAGCCCCAGGAGCUGCCGCCAAGAAGGACGAGAUGGCCAAGCUGCAGAAGGAGUUGGACCAAGAGAUCCGAUAUAGGGCCACGAUGGAACAACUUUGGCUCAUCAAGAGAUACCUGGCCAGCAAGGAACUAGACACUAUCCAGUGGUCUGUUGGGGUAUUGCAGCAGAGUGUGGAUGAGCUCCAAAAGCAACUGGAAGCAGUUAACAAAGGAGAAGAUUUUGGCAGCGAAUAUAAACUACGAUACGAGACCCAGCUUGAGCUGAACGCCAAACUGGAAGAACAGACGGCUUGGUACGUCGACGAGAUCGAUAAGACGAAAGAAAAAAUGAAACAAGCCUACCAGAGGAUGAAGUACAGUCUUACGACUCUAUGCCAAGAAUUCGCCUACGACCAAGAUCUGAACGACUACACGGAGUUCGAGCUGCUUCGUCUGGUCAAAACCUUGGAGAGGGAGAGGAACAACCUCUAUGGAGAUUUGAGGAACAAGAGCUGGCUCCUGGAUAACCAGUCAAAGGAGUAUUAUCACCUGAAGGAGCUCAUCAAAGCCUACAGCGGCGACCUCUCCAUAGUGAACAGGUCCUUGGAGCACCUCUGGAGGCAAAGAAGUCUUCACCAGGACCGCGGCCUCGGAGGAGGCACUCCCGUCACUUCUCCAGGAGGUCUGAAAUGGAGAUCAUUCCUUGGUGUGGAUCCUUUUGAGAGCGGUCAAUCAGGCAUCCGCCCUUCCCAGCGUAUCCUAGACCCAAGAAAAGGUCCUAUCAGGAAGACCGCCGGAGUCCAUUCGCUUCCUAGAUUAGACCAGGAGGCUCUCGACUCUUACGACGAAUCUGCUUCCAGAAAAGCUCGUUCCAGGUACAGAGGAAAGAAAACCAGUCGGGCCAAAUCCCUGGAGAUGAGAAAAACCUCAUCUGCCGACAGUAAUGUUGUGAGUGAAAGUUCGUCGCCCUCGAACCAGAGCGGGAAGCCAAGAACAAAAUCGACCAAUGCCAUCAGCUUCAAGACUUCGCCCUCGGCCGUCUUCGAGGAGUCCUCAUACGAAGCCAGCAACGAAGCCUCGACUACGGCUUCCGUGGAACUCAGUUCGGACAAGUCGUAGAUACUACGGUUUCAUGGCGUUGAACAGUACAUAUGUAAAUAGCGAUAGGUUAUGACCGUUUUUGUUUGUUGUUUGAGACCAGUGGUUCUCACUAAGACUCUUAUACCCUUCAUUACUUUACUUUACUUACAGGUUGCCUCAGAUUCCUACCCGUAGGCAAUGAGAUUCUUUUAAACCUUACAGAGAGACAAUAAAACCAUUCUUCAGAGACUGAAAUGCUUUAUAGGAAUCCUUGAGGAAGUCUUUAAAAAUUUAGGUACUUUUACAUAAAAAGUCUUAAGUCUCACUUAAUUUUUAGAGACUUAUGUAUCUCAAGGUAAAGAUUUUACGAUUAUCUUAAGACAGAGGUAUGUACCUUGAUGUAGUUGUUAACCAAAUUCCUUUCAGGCUAGGUAUCCUUUAACCAAGGCCUUUGUAAAAUACGCUAAAAUUCUUUCUCAGAAUCUAGAACCAUCACACUGUGUAAGCUAUGAUAUAAUAAGCCCAGGGAGUUUUCAGAUUCACAAUUUAUCACAUUUAUUAACAGGUCACCCCAUAAUCAUGGGCCUAGCCAGUGAGAGUGAAGGAAUGCUGUCAAGACAAUACAGAAAGUAACAAACAUAUUUAUCUCUUUCUUAAUAGACUCUACCUUGUAAAGAGAAUGUUGUUACAGAAACACCACUAUUUGUCUUGAUACUGAAGAAGAGAUUGCGUAAUAUUUUCCAGUGUGUAAAUAUUGGUAUGUCGUCCAUAUUUUGUCUUUUCUAUGAUAAUUUCUUGAAUUUGUGUUAUUGUCACCCUACCUGCAGUUUAUAUGCAGCAGCAUAUAUGUCAUUGCAAGGUAAAUCAAAUAUAUGUGUAUAUAUAUAUAUAUAUAUA